GACAUAGACUCCAAAGAGCAAAGAGGCCUUUGUCUAACCCUUGAUAGAGUUGCCCACGCUUUGCUUGAAUUACGAAAUAGGAUUGGUCAUGGUCUUAAGGAAUCUACAUCGCCUCUUGUUAUUAUUAGGGUUGGAGGCUCCACCCCUAGAACUGUUGUGAUAGAUAUUGGCUAUUCCCUUACUCCUCCCCAAGAUAAAGGGAAGGAGAAUAUUCUAGAUAAAGAGUUCAAAGCCUCAAAGUGGGAUGAAGAGCAAGAGGCCCUUGAUAGGGUGCAGGAAUUUGUUGCUAAUGAGGAGGUGUAG